UCUCUGCAUGCGGAUACUCACCAGAGGAACAGACAUCAGGAGGACUCUCACUGAACACCAGACGAACACCGACUGAGAGACUCGACCUGAACUCACAAACUCACAGUGUGAUGUCUGCAGGUCCGCAGGACUCCAGUGUUGAGCAGCGUCGGCUGCAGAGGAGAGAACUCAUGUCAUAUCAGAUUUUCCCGGAGCCGUCGGAGCAGCUGGAGCCAGGGCAGGUGAAGGAGCGUCUGCCCUCCAUCGUGGUGGAGCCGUCGGAGGAGAGCGGAGGACUGCAGUGGCCUCCUCUUCACACACAGACCUCCGUCGAUGAGGAGGAGGAAGAGGAGGAAGAGCCUUUCCAGGAUACCUGUGAGCCCAACAGCGCCGCUCAGGGGGAGCAGAUCAAUGCAGACGGAGUUCCUCAUUUUAAACGUUCAUCGAUUCCUGGUAUUCUGAUCGACUACAGCAGACUGACUCCGCCCCCUUCGCCGACAUCAUCACAUGCGGCCCCGCCCCAUUUCCGCAGCUGAGCACAAACACCAAAAUCAUCAGCAUAUCACUGUAUUUACACUCAUUCAUCAUAACUGAAGCAUUCAAAUGUAGGAUUAUUUUCAUUUAAUCCUAGUUUAAAACAACUAUGUCGGUAAAAAUUGUCGGCGAAAUUCUGCGAAAACAGCGGAUUGCUUUACGGCAGCAACAGAUGCAAGUGUACAGCUGUCAUUACGACAGUGUUAUAGUUCCCAUCGUAAAUUGCACUCAUUUAACUGUAGGGGGCUCCAAAGUCACAAAAAAUAGGCAAAACUACAUACAGUUGCUUUAAAUUAAAUGUUUCGAAAUUUUGAAAAAUGUCAAACAAAAUUAUGAGAAAUCUCUUCGUUUAUGCUGUAUUUCUCUAUGACUAAUACAUGUAAGUAAAUGAGUGUCAUUGAUCGUGUGACUCUUUGUACAGAGACGCUCAGGCUCUUUGGAUCAUCUCAGCUCACGAUGGUCAUCAGGUUUAGUUCAUGAAGCUCCAGACACCAAAUACUUUCUCACAUUCAUGAAUAUUUCUCGCAGACUGUAAUAUGUAUUGCAUAGAAACAUGCAAACUAUAGUUCAAACAGAAGAGCAUGCGCUUGCAACACCAGGCUCGUGGGUCAGAUUCCCAGCAUGAACUGAUCA